AAACUCUUCCUCUCCUGAGUUUCUUCUUUGUUCACCGUCUACAGACUCAUACCAAACCCUAAUCAUCAUUCCAUGUUUUAACGUUUGCAUCUAUAAUUUUUCGAAAAAAACACGAGAAAAGAAUCGAUUUUUAAUUUUUAUUGGUGGGGAGUAUGACGUCGAAAAAAAGGAACGAUGAUUUGUAUGGUGUUCUUGGUUUGAACAAGGAAUGUACAACGACCGAACUCCGUAGUGCUUAUAAGAAACUUGCUCUUAGAUGGCAUCCAGAUCGUUGUUCAUCAAUGGGGAACUUGGAGUUUGUAGAUGAAGCAAAGAAGAAAUUUCAGGCUAUCCAAGAAGCCUACUCUGUUCUGUCUGACUCCAACAAGAGGUUCCUCUAUGAUGUUGGAGCUUAUAAUAGUGAUGAUGAUGUUGAUGACCAAAACGGAAUGGGUGAUUUCUUGAACGAGAUGGCUGCCAUGAUGAAUCAAUCCAAGCCUAAUGAGAAUAACACAGGAGACAGUUUUGAACAGUUGCAAGAUCUGUUUAAUGAGAUGUUUCAAGGAGACGCUGCAGCAUUCCCAUCCUCAUCAUCUUCAACUUUCACAUCCUCUUGUAGCUUUGUCUUUGACACGAAUGGUCAGCAGUCACCGUUUGAGACAAGCUCUAUGGGGAGAAGUGAUCCUUUCGGAUUUGACACUAGAGGAGCUCACACCUUCUCUUUAGGGGUAUAUAAAGAUGCUAAAAACCAUUUAUCAUUUCACCUGAAGAAGCCGUUUGUUCUGAAUGAUGAAUUGUGUUUUUUGCAGGUGGAACAUCAGCAGGAUUUCAAGAAAGGGAAGAACAAUGGUGGAAGAAGAAACAACAGACGGAAGAACAAUGCUCAAUCUUCUAACAACUAUGGUGUCCCCACUUCAUAGCCCUUGAGACUAACCUCUUUUUCUCGAAGCUUCUUUUUCCUCUCACUCUUUCUACUUUUGUCAUUGAAUUCUUGUGUCUUAAGCAAGAGUUGUUAAGAUCGAUGAAGUCAACGGUUUAUUGAUGACGAAUACAUACAUAUACAAUCUCUUGAUAUGCUCAGCAUUUGAUUACACCAAUGCAUUUUUGUUUGGUUCAUUCUAGUUCAACCAAAACGUCAGAGUAAUGAUCAAACAUUAUCUGAAAUACAAUGUUUUAAGGAUGCUUAAGAGUAUAGAUCUAUUGCUAAAUAGGAUUUCAUUGCUGCUUUGUCGUCGACUGUGUAAAUGUUAAUCAGAAACUCAGCUUAUGAGAAC